AAGAAGCUUAGAGGCCAAGCAAAAGCAAUCCUUUACCUCUCUUCCUUCCUCUUCUUACUUUCUUUCUUGAUUCCUAGGCUUGGAACAUCCCUCAACAAUAUAAGAAAUGAAAUUGAUUCUCAGUUUUCAUCGUUCCACAAAGCCACCAUCCCACACACGCACAUUCUUGUGCUCAAAACCCAGAAGAGCUGCAAAAGAAAUGCCGAUCUCGGAAUCCAAAGAUGACCGCUUGCAGUCAGAAACCAGGCUCGUUCGCCAACAUAGGCCGGCACAAAGCAUCUUUGGUAAAGGGAAAGUGACUGAUGUACUACUGUGGAAGGACUGGAAGUUGUCGCUUGGAGUCUUAGCGGGAGUGACGGCUGUGUGGUUGGUGUUCGAGGUGAUGGAAUACCAUUUCAUGACAGUUAUGUGCUAUGCCUCCAUUCUUGCUAUGGUUCUUCUCUUUGUAUGGUGCAAUGGUGCUGCUUUCGUAGACAGGAGGCCCCCAAAAAUUUCAGAAUUGAUGAUAUCUGAGGCUUUAUUCAAAGAAGUUGCUCAUGUCUUACACUCCAAACUAACUUACUUCAUGGUGGUCCUACAAGAUAUGGCCUCAGGAAAGGAUCCUAUGCUCUUUCUCCUGACAAUUUUUGUCUUGUGGAUAUUAUCAGUGAUUGGAAGCUACUGCAAUUUCUUGAGCUGUGUAUAUUUCGCCUAUGUGUGCAUGCAAAUAAUGCCAGUACUCUAUGAUCGAUACGAGAGCGAGGUGGGGAACAUCGCCAGGACAGGAAACAUAGAGAUACAGAGGAUGUACAAGAAGUUCGACUCAAAUGUUCUAAACAAGAUCCCUAGAGCGAAAGACAAGAAAUAUAAAUGAGGAGCAUUUCUUCUCUAGACUGUAAAAUUGGGUUUGUGUUCAUGGAAACAUUUGUGUCGGAUAGUUUUCUAUCUCUUCUGUUCAGUUAUUGUGUAAAUCUCCCUUUAACUCUAAAAUCUAAUGAAAAAGUGUUUGGUGGACUCACAUUAUUCUAGUGUGGUCCCCCUAAAAAAUAUACGUCAAAAAUAUAAUUUCUAUCCAAAAUU